AUGCUUUGCACGGCCUCUCCCUCGGGGCACAUGAGGGUCUUCAAGGACGGCGCGCUCGUGGGGGAGAAUGCAGAGGGAAUGGCCCCCCUGCGACAGGACAGGCCGCGCAUGAUCCUGGGCGGCCACUACCUGUACGCCGACCAGGAGUUCAACGGUAGCCUGAGCGACGUGAAGCUCUGGAACCAAGAGGUGGCGUGGCCGACGCCCCCCGUCGACGAGUGCGAGGAGGACGUGGCGACCGCGCCGAGCGAGGCAUGCAAGGUCGCCAGUAGAUCGGGCCCCGAGGGGACGCCUGCACGGCCGCUGUGA